UGUUGUGCUGUGUCGGUGACUUUUGUUGACAGAAGAUAAACAUUUACCCGACUAAACAACGGAUUUUCCUCUCGUCACACCUCUCCGCAUCGGGACAACUGGAUUACCAAUUCUUCUAAAACGUUUUUCUUCACACAAAACCAGGACACAAGACACAAGGUCACAAGGUUUAAUGCCAAUAGAAGACCUGCAUUUCGGCGAGGAUAAAGAGCUGAAGAUCAUCCCACUCGUGGCUUUCGCAGUGUUGACAGGCUAAGGAAAUGGCAAAGUAUCAACCUGAGGGGGUUUAAGCCCCCCCCCCAUCUUCCCUCACCAACCAAAUGCCUCUUUCUCUUCGCCUGAUGGACCUUGAGACCUGUAGAGGGCAGAGCUUCUGAUUGGACGUCUCAUCCAUCCAUCUCUCGGGGACACAACUGACAGUGGGAGGGAGACAUCAGCAGGUCUUCGCCAUGCCGUGCUGAAAAGCCUUUCGACGGACCCUCCUCAUCCUCCUCCUCAUCAUCAGCCACUCGAGAUGAGCAGCUCGGCGGCCACCCCGCGGCCCCUCCAGGUGGCCACGCUGCCCGCCUUCCUCCUCCUCCCCCUCUUCCUCCUCCUCGUCCUCCUCUGUCAUCGACCCCUGGCCUCGGCGUCGCCCUCCCCCUUCCCCAAGGACCUGGCGGCCCUCAACGUGGUGGGCCCGGAGCAGUCCUACCUCUACCCAGGCUUCCAGGGGCUGACCUCCGACAACGACACGGUGCGACUGGGCCUGGACUUCCAGCGGAUGCUGCGCAUCAACCACAUGCUGUACAUCGCAGCCAGAGACCAUGUGUUUGCAGUGAACCUCAGCACCACCACAGAGCAGAUCGUCCCCCAGCAGCGGCUGACGUGGAGGUCGAAGGAUGUGAAGAUGUGUGCGGUGCGCGGGCGAAACAGCGACGAGUGCUAUAAUUACAUCAAAGUCUUGGUGCCCCGGAACGACGAGACUUUGUUUGCAUGCGGCACCAAUGCCUUCAACCCCGCAUGUCGCAACUACAAGAUGGACACUCUGGACCAGGUCGGAGAGGAGCUGGUGGGUCAGGCCCGCUGCCCGUUCGAGUCCCACCAGUCCAACGUGGGCAUUUUUGCAGGGGGGAACUUCUAUUCAGCCACCAUGACUGACUUUUUGGCCAGCGACGCGGUCAUCUACCGCAGUCUUGGAGGAGAGGGGAGCCCGGUCCUCCGAACGGUCAAGUACGAUUCCAAGUGGCUCCGAGAGCCUCGUUUCCUCCAUGCCAUCGAGUAUGGCAACUACGUCUACUUCUUCUUCAGCGAGAUUGCAGUGGAGUACACCUCUCUCGGCAAGGUGGUGUUCUCGCGGGUGGCGCGCGUGUGUAAGAACGACGGCGGUGGCUCGCCGCGGGUGCUGGACCGCUACUGGACGUCCUUCCUGAAGGCGCGGCUCAACUGCUCGCUGCCCGGCGACUCCUUCUUCUACUUCGACGUCAUGCAGUCGCUGAGCAACGUGCUGCAGAUCAACCAGCGGCCGGCCGUCAUCGGCGUCUUCACCACACAGAUGAACAGUAUACCCGGCUCAGCUGUGUGUGCGUUCUACAUGGACGACAUCGAGAGGACCUUUAAUGGGAAGUUCAAGGAGCAGAAGACCAGUGAGUCUGCCUGGACACCAGUGGCCGAGGAACAGGUGCCCAAACCCAGGCCUGGCUCGUGUGCGGGAGACGGCCCCGCGGCCGCCUACGCCUCGUCCACCAGCUUCCCCGACGACAUGCUGACCUUCAUCAAGUCCUACCCGCUGAUGGACGAGGCCGUGCCCUCGGUGGGCGAGCGCCCGCUCUUCGUCCGCUCCGCCAGCAGGUACAAGUUGACCCAGAUGGCGGUGGACACAUCUGCCGGGCCCUAUAAGAACCGCACCGUGCUGUUCCUCGCCUCCGAGGACGGACACGUUCUCAAGGUCUUGGCGAGCACCGACCCCAACGCCACCUCUGGCUCCACACUUCUGGAGGACAUCGACGUGUACAACCCCGCCAAGUGUGAUGUCCAAGGGGACGACAGGAGGGUCCUGGGUCUUGAGCUGGACAAGGAGCACCACGCCCUGUUUGUAGCCUUCUCCACCUGUAUCAUCCGAGUCCCUCUCAGCCGCUGCAACAACUACGGCACCUGCAAGAGGAGCUGUCUGGCCUCCCAGGACCCCUACUGCGUUUGGCUGAAGACAGGGAGCUGUGCCAGCGUGGUGCCAGGCUUUAAGGCUGGAUUUGAGCAGGACAUCGAGGGCGACCACUCAAAGUACCCCGACACCUGUCACAAUGUGCUGGCUACUACUCGAAAUCAGAACUCGGCAGCAGACUCGGCUUAUGGUGUCAAGGGAGCCCCGGAGAUGGACAAGGCCAGCCACAGCGUCCACUACACGCUCCUGAUCGCGUGCGUCCUGGUGGCGUUCGUCCUCGGCGCCUUCCUCUCAGCCUUCGUGGUCUCGUGCUACUGCAGCCACAACGCCCGCCGCCGCCGCCGCGGCCAGCAGCUGGACAAGGACCCCGAGACGCCCCUGCCCCACGCGCUCUCCCUGCGCAGCCUGGCCAAGCUCAACGGCCUGCUGGACGCGCCGCCCGGCGGCAAGAUGGACGGCAAGAUGGACAUCUCCUCGCCCAAGGUCUACAACUCCUACAUCCCCAACGGGAAGGAGCACUGCACCCCCGUCAGCCACGGCACGCCGGGCGCCGAGAGCCGGGACCUGAGCCUGCACCAGGGGGAGGACCUGUCGGGGCUGCCCACGCCGGACACCACGCCCGAGCUGCCCAUCAAGAGCAUGAAGGGCUUCCGCAACCAGUGGGAGCGCAAUCAGAACUGCAACAACGCCAAGGAGCCCAACGUGGCGUCCCUCGGCGGCGGCGGCGGCGGCGGCAGCUUGUCGUCCAGGCCCUGCUCGGGGCUGACCCAGCAGGUGUACCCCUUCUCGCACAGCCUGCCCAACGGCCAGGGCCCCGCCGGGCUGUCCCUGCACCUGCCCGAGGAGCGCAAGAUCUCCAACGACGAGCGGGCGGCCAUGGCGGGGGGGGCGGCGGCCUCCUCCCCGUCGCCGGCGCAGCCGCCGUACUCGCUCGGGCCGCAGUCGGUGGUGGACGUGUCGACGCUGGACGAGCUGCUGAAGCACAUCCAGGAGGCCAACGCCAGCGGGGCGGGCGGGGGCGGCCUCGCCGUGCUCACCUCCGCCCUGCUGCCCGGUGCCUCCAGCCCCGCGUUCUCGCUACCGCAGCACCACCACCACCAGCAGCAGCACCAUCACCACCACCACCUCCACGCGCAGAUCCCCGAGACGGAGACGGCGUCCUACUACAGCUCGUCCACGCUGCCCCGCGACGGGCUGACGCGGCGGCUGGACGUGCCGCCCGAGGCGCUGGCGUCCGACCAGCCGCACCACCACCACCACCACCCGCCGCUCCAGCAGCAGCACUCGCACCACCACCACCUCCAGCAGCAGCAGCAGCAGCAGCAGCAGCUGCAGCCCGUGCCGGAGCGCUCGGUGUCCCGGCAGCCCUCGCAGCAGCGCCAGUCCCUGAUCCGCAUGGGCAGCAGCGCGGGCGCCGGGGGGGUGGGCGGCGGGGGGGGCGCCAUCCCCCGCCAGCGCGGCAGCAUGAGCCAGUGGCCGGCGGCGCAGCAGCGGCUAGUGCGGGUCAGCUCGGGCUCAGGCUCAGGCGGCGGCUACGAGAUCGGGGAGGUGAGCCGGCCGCUCAUCCCCGGCGCGGGCGGUGGCGGCGGCGGUUCUGGUGGCGGCGGUGGCGGUUCCGGUACCUGCCUGACGCGGCAGCACAGCUACAGCGAGCCGCCUCACAUGCACCGCGCCGCCAUCGUGAGACGCACGGCCUCGCUCAAGCCCCAACUGCCCCCCAAGCCCCUCCUGCUCCCCGCCUCCUCGCCCCUCGGCCAGCAGGGCAAGUUCAACUACUGACCGCCCCCCCCCCUACUGACCCCCCCCCCUCCUCAAGGACCAACCUAGCGUCCUCUCCUUUCUCCCCCCCCCCUUCCUGUCCAAGGAUGCACCACCACGGAGCUGUACA